AUGGCUGAAAUAUUUUAUAAUGGUAGGAGAGUUGACGGUCGCCGACCAAAUGAAAUUAGACGAGUGGAUUGUCAGUUUGGCUCGGGUUAUUCUGAUGGGAUUGUAUUUCUGCAUCAAGGAAAUACCAAGGUGAUUGCAUCCGUGGUUGGGCCCCAUGCUCCUAGAGCAAAAGGUGAUGGUGUUCCAGAUGGUGCAACGAUAACGUGCCAAUUUACCAAGCCUCCGUUCGCAUCAACUUCAGGGGAACGUCGCAAACUGUCAUCAAAUGAUAGAUCAGCGAAUGAUUUUGCUACUGCCAUUGAGGAGAUAUUUUCAUGUGUCAUCAGGACAGAAAAAUACCCAAUGUCUCAAAUAGAUAUUUUUCUUGAAGUUAUUCAGUCAGAUGGCUCUGAGUUUGCUUGUGCUGUAAAUGCAACUACACUUGCCUUAACUGAUGCUGGAAUUGAAAUGGAUUACCUCGUCAGUGCAGCUACAGUUGGUCUUUGGGGUUCACAUGUGUUCGCUGACCUUUGUCGCUUUGAGGAGAACCCACGUAUAUCACAGUUAACCGUUGUUUGUCUCCCAGUCUUCAUCAGCUUUCCGGAGUAA